AUGAGCAAAUUUUUGGUGAUUUUCACAAUUCUCGCCAUUUUUCCCGCAAUUUCCUGGGCUGCCAGCCUGAACUUCACAACUGAACAUCAGAAUCAGGCGGUCGCUGAGACCUCGGAAGCCGGUUUGACUAAGGAGCAGAGGAGACAGUUCAGUAAGGCGCAUGGUGAGUUUGGGAAUUUUUUUUCGGGGGCGGGAAGAAAAUUGUGCCACGUGGAAUUUUUUUAUUCAAAGUUAAGGAUUUUUAGAGAAAAAAUCCACGUGGAAAUUGUUUGUGAAAUUUUUUUCUGACUAAUUUUCAUCAACUGGAAAAUGAAAAAUAAGUUUUGAAAAUCUAGAAAUUCAAAUUUUCUGAAAAAUUCUCAUCUCGAAACUUUGAAGUUACGAAAUAUUUGCCACGUGGAUUUUUUCGGGGUUCAUAAAACUUUGAGCCAAUUUUCAGAAAAUAAUUUCCAAAAAAUCUAGAAAUUCAAUUUUUUCUGAAAUUUAAUUCUGAGAAAAGCAAUUCCACGUGGCAAAUCUAAAUUUUGCUCAAUUUCUGGGGCUCAACAGUGCAACGUGGCAAAAAUACGGGAAAAAAUUUCUAGAGCUCACGAAACUAAUUUUAGUGCAGAUUUUUUCGGAACUGAAUAUCAAGAUUCCAAAUGUUUCGGAAACGUGGCAAAUCUCAAAAAACUAUUCUGGAAAUUGCCACGUGUAAAUUUGAAUUUCAGGAUUCCGAAAAAUCUUGAAAACUUUGUCCAAAAAUGCCACGUGGCAAUUGGAAAUUUGAUCUAAUAUCAAAAAAAAUGGAUUUUGAAAUUCUCAAAAUCCCAAAAACCUCUGUACCACGUGUAAAAUCUCAUAAAAAUUCGGAUAAAUUCAGAAAUUAAGGAAAAUUCUCAAAAUUCUUAAACUCAUUCCAAAUGCCACGUGGCAAUUGAAAAUUUUUGAAAAAUUAAAAAAAAAAAUCAUCAGAACAAAAAUCCUCUAGAAAAAGAUUUUCAACAAAAAAAAAUUGUGCCACGUGUCAAAAAACCCGCCGAACUUCCAGCAAUUCUCAUGAUCCUCGGCUGGCUCUUCUUCGUGCCCACCGGUUUCCUAUUCGCCCGACUCGGCCGCGAUCUCUACAAAGAGCAACAGCUAUUCGGCUCGGCCGUCUGGUUUCAGAUUCAUCGAGUCUCCAAUUUUCUGGGUGUGAUUUGCAUCGUCACGUCGAUUUUGUGCAUUUUCAUUUCGACACAAUUUCAUUGGAAGGGAACGGGGUCGGGCUCGAAAUAUUGGACCGAAUGGCACACGGAUUUGGGUGUGAUUUCGACGGUGCUCGCUGUCGCGCAGCCAUUAAAUAGCUUGCUCAGGUUAGUCAAAAAAAGUUCCAAGGGGGAUUUGAACUUAUGACCUUUGAGUUGUUAGUCAAAGCUUUAAUCUACUUAGCCACCUGGAUUUUUUAUUGAAAAAAAAAAAGUUCCAAGGGGAAACGAACCCCUGACCUUUCACUUGAAAAUCCAAGAUUUUACCUACUGAGCCAUAUGCCAAGAAUUGCUCAGGUUAGUCUAAAAAAAAACAAAUCAAAAAUUAUAGUUCCCACCCGGCUUCGAACCCUCGACCUCUAAGUCAAUAAUCCAAGCUUUAACCUACUGAGCCACUAGAAGUUUCUUUUAAAACUUUGAAAAUUCAUUUUUGCAUCAUUUUAUUCUGGGGCUCUUAUCAGAGAAAAAAAUUUGGAGCACGAAAAAAAUCAAAAAAAAAAUUUUUUUUGUAAAGAUUUUUGGGGGAGAGACUAUUUGGUGUCAAAAAAUUCCAAAUUUUCGCGCUAAAAAAUCUACCGUACUCAAAACCAGGCCAUAUUUAGUCUCAAAAAACCCGCAAAAUUUUCUAGAUGCGGCCCAACCCACUCAAAACGUGUCUACUUCAACUGGGCCCACCGGAUCACCGGAAUUCUCGGCUACUCCCUGGCCUUCAUCACAAUCAUCAUUGCGGCCGUGAACUUCAAGAAAAUCUGGAACGAGCCGGUUUUGGAGAUUGUUCUGGUGUCGGUGCCUACAGUAUUCGCAUUUGCACUUUUUGCCGGGUUUGGAGUUUUGGAAAGCGAUCGAUUCAGAAGCAAAAGUGAAUUUGGGGUAAGUUUUGGGGCCCUAAAAUUAAUUUCAGAUUUUUUUUGCAGAAAAAAAAGAGAUCAUCGAUCAAGCUUGAAAAAUUUGAGGUAAAAAUAUAUGUCACUAAGUACUAACACUAAAAUAAGGUUCCUAAGGACCUUAAGGUAGAUCAAAUUUUGGAACUUUUUUUGGAAUUCAACCUAAAGGUUUUUAAAUACUUUAGGCUACAUCCCUUAAGACACUAAGUACUGAAUUAAGGUUUCUUAAGGACUUUAGGGUAGAUCCAAGACCUUUUGAUUUUUUUUUUAAUAAACAGGAUGAAAAUAGAAUCAAACCUGAAUUUCUCGAUUUCAAAAUGUCAAAUUUUUGAAACGUAUUUUUUGCUGGAAAAUUCCACGUGGCAAAAUAUUUUUUAAAUGUAACCUUAGACAGUACUUUUAAGCCCUUAACCUCUCUAACUUUUAACCAAAAAAUCCCAAAGGCUUCCUUAAAACCUUAAUUAACCUUAGCACUACUAAUUAAAAAUUGCUCCAAAACUCACAAAAACCUUAAGCACCUUAACCCUAACCUUAUAUUUUUCCCCUAAAAAUCUUCCGUUCUUCAGAGCUUGCCCGAUGAACCGCUUCUUUAUGACGAGAACUCAAAACCGCAGGCUUUGAGGGUACUGUAGCCCCCUUUAAACGCCACGUGGUAACUAGAUCUAAAUAUUCUCUAAUUUUCAGCCUCACAUUCUUCGCGCUCCCGCCAUUUUCAUGUCGAUUGGCGCAUUUUUGGCAGGCGCCUUGGCGCUUUCGCUGUUGGUUGCAAAUGGAUACAAAAAUGUUUGA